CUCACUACCACCCACCAUAACUCUCUCUCUCUCUCUCUCUCUCUCUCUCUCUCUAUAUAUAUAUAUAUAUACUUACUUUCACAUCCCAUGCAUAUCACAUUCAGUUUCAUGCCCACUUCACUUUUAAACUAUACCAUUACACUUAUAGACUCAUCUCCACCACUCAACAGGUUUUUCUAAAUUUUCUCUCUAAUAAUAUUUUUAGUUUAGUAUUUUCUUCUGACAGUAAGUACUGUUUAAUUUUUCCAACACUACCACCACCUCUAGAAACAAUGAGUUGCUUACAAUCAUGGCCGGAGCCAAUCGUCCGAGUCCAAUCUCUCUCCGACAGCGGCAUGACCGUAAUCCCCGACCGCUACAUUAAACGGCUCUCCGAACCGCCAUCUCCUGUAGAAUCGCCACCAGAGACCGAGGUCAACAUCCCGGUCAUUGACCUCUCCAACAUCUUCUCCGGCGAUGACUCUCUCCGCGAUGAAACUUUAAGCCUAAUUUCAAGCGCGUGCCGCGAGUGGGGAUUCUUUCAGGUGGUGAACCACGGCGUGAGCCACGAGUUGAUGAGCCGGACUCGGGAGGUGUGGCGCGAGUUCUUUCACUUGCCCGUGGAGGAGAAGAUAGCAUAUGCGAACUCUCCGGCGACUUACGAGGGGUACGGAAGCCGGCUCGGAGUCGAGAAAGGGAUGAAGCUGGAUUGGAGUGACUAUUUUUUUCUUCAUUUUCUUCCCAAGUCGCUGAGGGACCAGAAGAAGUGGCCGAUGUUUCCUCCGUCGUGCAGGGAAUUGGUUGCACAAUAUGGGGAAGAAUUGGUGAGGCUAUGUGGAAUAUUGAUGAAAGUGUUUUCAAUAAACCUUGGAUUGGAAGAAGAUUGUCUUCAAAAAGCCUUUGGAGGAGAGGACAUUGGUGCUUGUUUGAGGGUGAAUUUCUAUCCAAAAUGUCCACAACCAGACCUGGCUCUGGGUCUCUCCCCACACUCUGACCCCGGCGGCAUGACCCUUCUCCUCCCCGAUGAAAAUGUCUCUGGCCUCCAAGUCCGCCGUGGCCAUGGCUGGGUCACAGUCAAGCCUGCCCCUAAUGCUUUCAUUGUCAAUAUUGGCGAUCAAAUUCAGGUUCUAAGCAAUGCAAAUUACAAGAGUGUGGAGCAUAGGGUGAUUGUGAAUUCAGCCAAAGAGAGAGUAUCACUUGCCUUCUUCUACAAUCCCAAUGGGAAAAUUCCGAUCAAACCGGCCGAAAAACUCGUCUCCGAAGACCGGCCGGCGCUGUAUCCGGCAAUGACAUUUAAUGAGUACAGAUUGUUCAUUAGGACAAGGGGUCCUUGUGGCAAAUCUCAAGUUGAAUCACUAAAAUCCCAACAUUAAUAAUAAUAAUAUGAAUCUAAUUUUGUCUUUUAAAAUUUCAAUGUAAUUGGCAAAUUAAACUGGUGCAAAUUGGAUUAGUUUUCCUCUGCUUCUAGCAAAAUCAAACUUUGUUUGGUUGGUCUAUCCUUUGAAUUCAACAAUAUAUGAAUAGUUUCAAUGCUUGUAAUCUGAUCUUUACGAUUCAUUGCAUGGACUAAGGUAAAAGUUAGAUACUUUGAACAAUGUCAA